AAAAUAGUGUGGUCCAGGAGCACCUGCCAGCUGCGCGACAUACACACUGGACCAUUAUAGUGUUGCAUUUUAUGAAACAGAGAUACUAAUGGGAUCAUCAGCUUAUUCACCUUUGGAUCGGUUCAUCCAAGCAAACCCAGACAGGAAGAUUGGAAUCAGGAGGAGGAAUCGUGAGAGACUGCACAGCCCUGAAGAUGAGCCAGAAGUGCCUCAGUUUUGCUGGCUGAUUGUAAAAAUUAUAAGCAUGAGAAAUCUCCGCAAAGCAGAUCUGUUGAGCCAAACUGAUUGCUAUGUCAAGCUGUGGCUGCCAACAGCUUCAUGUCAAGAAGCCCGGACAAGAACUGUACACAACUGCAGAAACCCUGUCUGGAAUGAAACUUUCCAGUUUAUGAUACAAAGUGAAGUAAAGAACAUCCUGGAGCUGACAGUCUGCGAUGAGGAUACUUUUACACCAGAUGACAAGCUUCUGACUGUUCACUUUGAUGUAGCUAAAAUUCAGCCUGGGGAAAAAGUUCACCUGAAUUUUGAGUUGAAUCCAAAGAAUCAGGAAGAACUAGAAGUGGAAUUUCUACUGGAAAACAUUCCAGGUGUAUCCGAGAACAUCAUUACUAAUGGCGUACUAGUGUCUCGUGAAGUUUCCUGUUUGGAAGUACAUGUGAAUGAAACAAAAACGAAGAGCCCUUACAAAAGGAGAGAUUUCACGUUCACAGUGAAAGGAUCCUAUGAAGAAACUCGGGAUGUUUCCUUAGGUCCUUGCUGCAGAUGGGGAAGCGGUGAAACCACUGUGUUCCACUAUGUCAAACACAGUCAACCCAGACUGCACAUGACACGGCCAAAGGAGCACUACUUCUGUGGUCAUGGCUCAGCUAGGAGAGAAGUGGAUGUAAGUAGUCCCCUGGCUGUGCCUCUCCAUUCUCUGGAUUUGGGAAAGGAAGUAACUGUGAUGAGAGGUGAAUCUUAUGAGGUGUCUGUGAAGGAAAAAGACAGUUGCAAGAAUUUAGAUUUGCGUUUGGGGUUUGAUCUGUGUACAGAGGAGCAGGAUUUCAUUUGUAAAAGGAAGAAGGUGGUUGCUGCUGCCCUGAAAAAUGUUCUUCAUCUAGAUGAAGACCUGCAGGAGGAUGAGGUGCCGGUGGUGGCAGUCGUGACCACCGCAGGGGGAGUGCGGUCCAUGACAGCUAUGUUUGGCAGCCUUCUGGCUCUCCAGGAAUUAGGUGUUUUGGACUGUGUUUCAUACAUCAGUGGUUUAUCUGCCACAACAUGGACCAUGGCAAAGUUAUAUGAAGAUGCAAAUUGGUCACAGAAGGAUCUCAGGGAGCCAGUUGGUGAUAUCAGGAAACAUGUGAUCAAGAGCAAACUGCAGUGUUUCUCCUUGGAUCAUAUGAAAUACUAUGAAAAGGAGCUCUGUGAAAGAAAGCAAGAGGGGCAUAAGCUGUCCUUUACAGAUUUAUGGGGACUCUUCAUUGAUUGUAUGUUACAUCAUCAGGGAAGUACUCACAAACUCUCUGAUCAACAACUGGCAGUAAAUCAGGGGCAGAAUCCACUGCCCAUAUACCUGUCCCUCAAUGUCAAGGAUGACUUUAGCACUUUGGAUUUUAAAGAGUGGUUGGAGUUCACACCUUAUGAGGUGGGUUUCUUGAAAUACGGGGCCUUUGUUCGUUCAGAGGAUUUUGGUAGCGAGUUCUUCAUGGGCCACCUGAUGAAGAAGAUCCCAGAGUCCCACAUCUGCUUCUUGGAAGGCACAUGGAGUAAUAUAUUUUCCCAGAAUUUUAUGGAUGCUGUCUACCUGUCGGGUCAUUCAGACAGCUUCUGGCACAGAUGGACCCGAGACACUGAGCAUGACAUUGAGGAACACCCUGCUCUGCCCAGGAAGCCUCAUGAACAGACAACUUCCUUAUCCAUUCCUAAAGGUUACCUUUCCACUACUCUUCGAGAAAUGAUGACCGGACGCCCAGUGGUUUCAACUUACCAUAAUUUCCUCAAGGGCUUGCAGCUACAUAAGAAUUAUUUAGGGAAUGAGAGCUUUUGCAUGUGGAAAGGUAAUAACACAGUGCUGGAUUCUUCUCCCAAUCAGCUGAAUGAAAUGGGUGACUACCUCAAGCUGGUAGAUACAGCUUUCUUCAUCAACACCAGCUGCCCACCUGUUCUGAGACCAGAGAGGAAAGUUGAUGUCAUUUUGCAUUUAAAUUACAGCGGGGGAUCACAGACCCUGCCGCUGGACCUAUUCUCAGAGUACUGUUUGGAGCAUGGGAUCCCAUUUCCCAGCACGGAGCUGAGCCAGGAAGACCGGGAACACCUGAAGGAAUGCUAUGUGUUUGAGGACAGCUUAGAGGCACCAAUCUUGGCCUAUUUCCCACUGGUGUGUGAUACUUUCCAAAAAUAUAAGGCACCAAAUGUGGAGCGCAGUCCUGCAGAGAUGGAGCAGGGAAGAGUAGAUGUGUCUAACUGUAUUGCUCCCUAUGGCACUGGUCUACUUACAUAUACUGAAGAGAAUUUCAACAAGUUGCUGAACCUCUGCAGCUACAACAUCCUGAAUAAUAAACAUUUAAUUCUUCAGGCUUUGCGAACUGCAGUGGAACGCAAGAAGAAAUUUAAAAAGUGUUCGUCACCUCAGUCAUCUUAAACUCUCUUAAAGUUUGAUGAAUCUCAUCAGGAGGAGAUAUACAAAUGUUUUGGUAAUGGAAUAAUAAAUAUUCAGGGAACAUGAAUCCAUACAGAAUGAACAUCCAAGUUAGCUUGUUAAAAAACAAAAUUAUGUGUUUUAUUCAAUACUGUGUGUGAGGAUUAGUGCUGGUUCUGUCAUUAAAGUCAUUGGAAAAUUAUGAUUGCUUUAAAAAUUUCUCUUCACUAUUUUAGGGAAUGGAAAGGCAGUUGUCGAGCUAUCGGGUCCUAUUUGGAUAUACAGCCAUAUAACAAUGAGAUUUCAACCUCACAAAAGUCUGUGCCAGACUUGGAUGCAAAUCUUGGUGGUAUGUGGUCUUUGAACCAGGGAUCAAAGCAAAGAUCAAGAAAAGCCUUGCCUUGUUCACAGAUCUCUGCUUGUGACUGCACGGAGUAAACCAUAUACCAAAAAUGUUUGCACCAGGAGAAAGAAGACUGAUAACUGAAGAAUGAAACUGCACAUGAUGUCUUCUGUUUUCUUAGUAUCCAUCUGUUAGGCAGAAAUCUGACCUUCAGUGAAUUUGCUUGCCUGUCAUUGCACUGAGUCUGUAUUUUUGAUGGACUACCCCAGAGUGAUCAACACACAACAUCCUGAUUUUUCUGCCAGCUGCCUGAUAAAAAUCAUCUGACUGCAUCCAUUUUUGCUGAACUCUCUGAACUAUUGCCUAACAAAUAGAAUUUGCAGCUGAGGGAAGUAGUUAAGUUUUCAAAUCCUACACUUAGUGUGUUUGGAAAAACAGUUUUAACAGCCUAGCCUUUGGCCAUAACCAUGUCUUCAUUUAUUAAUCUGUUGCGAGCUCACAGGUGUUUGUGAUGGCGACAAAAUUUGUGAUAACCAGCUCUGACUUCUGCAGUGUUAUGAUGGUCAGUGUAUAGUUGCUGUUCCAGUUUUAUUCUCACAGCUAUCCAAAACACAGGCAGAGGAGUGUUCAUGAGAUUUUUCAUAUUCAUUUGCGAUAAAUGUUUAAGAAAAUAUAUUUAACUGGUCAUUCUUAGAUCAUAUUUUCUCUUGUAUAUAUAUCAAUAUACAUACAGUGUAAUAGCUACCUUUCAAAUACUAAGUACCCAUGCAUAAUCACAUUAAA